GCUCACUUCAGUUUAGUUGGCGAGCAACCCUUGUGCAAAAACGUUCGUUUUAGUCCACAUUUAAAGAAAAUACCCAAGUGGAACAGAAGUACACAAAAUACAACAACAACAAUAAGAAACACUUGAAUCUUUCUCUCUUACGUUUAUGGUUUUGCUCCAAGAAACAAAUGAACCAAUUUAAAGUGUCUUGUUUGUGGAAAACAUCUUCUCCGGUCUGUGAUGUUUGACUGGCGACUUUGAACGACCCGAAAGAAGGGAACAAAACAAAGUGAAGAAAUCGCAAAAGAAAAGGCAAAGCAAAAAGAAUAAGACAAAAACGAUUUUGUCUAAUUUGUGUUCUUGAAAUCUGUGUGCGUAGACCUGAAGUCUUCUGGGAAUGUUUAUUUGUCUAUUUGGUGUUAAGUGAAGUUGUUUUUUUUUUUUUAAGAACAAAUACGAAUUUCGGGAACAACCGAAAAACGAGGAUAAACGUUAACAAGUACUAAAGCAAUUUUUGUUAAAUAUUUUCCUUUCACUUUAUAUGCUCAUGCUAUGAAUGCAUUGCUAAAGUGAAUUGACUCUAAAAAGUGGAAGAACAUAGCACAGCAAAGAAUUCAUCGAUUCUUGUCAUUCUUUUGAACACUCGACUGACCGGUCGGUCACACUGAGCGUAUGAUUGUUGUUGGAAUUUCAAUGAAAUCGCUUUAAUUGAAGAAGAACUGAUUUUUUUUUUUUCAAAAUAACGGAAACAGAAAUAAGUGGCUAAGAUGUCAUUCGAUAUACCUUUGGCUGAUCAAAUGCGAAUUGCCGUCAAUUACGUCAAGUUCAAAACAAAACAGACACGUUUGCGUUCGGAUGAAAAAGUUAUUGCCCAAACCACAUUUGGCAAAGUGAAAGGCGUCAAAUGGCGUUCCGUUUAUGGCGGCAGCGAGUACAUCAGCUUCGAGGGCAUACCGUUUGCCAAGCCACCCGUGGGAGAGUUGCGUUUCAGAGCACCUGUCGAACCGGAACCAUGGUCGGGUGUUAAACGCUGCACUCACGUGCGUUCUAAACCGUGCCAAUACAACAUCAUCAUCAAGCAAUGCCAAGGUCAAGAAGACUGUUUGUAUUUGAAUGUCUAUACCAAACAGCUAAAUCCCACCAAACCCAUGCCGGUAAUGGUCUGGAUAUAUGGCGGCGGUUUUCAAAUGGGUGAAGCUUCCCGAGAUCUUUACAGUCCCGACUAUCUAAUGAUGGAAAAUGUUGUACUGGUCACGAUUGCCUAUCGCCUGGGACCGUUGGGCUUCCUUUGUCUAAACGACGAAAACUGCGAUGUACCCGGUAAUGCUGGCUUGAAAGAUCAAAUUCUGGCUCUCAAAUGGGUUAAAAAUAAUUGUCAUUUCUUUGGCGGUGAUCCCAACAAUAUCACCAUCUUUGGCGAAAGCGCCGGUGGGGCAUCGGCUCAUUAUCUCAUGCUGACGGAACAGACCAAGGGGCUAUUUCACAAAGCGGUGGUAAUGUCUGGCAGUGCAAUUGCGCCAUGGGCCAACAUACCCCAUUUAGAUUGGGCCUAUCGUCUGGCCAAAGCCACCGGCUACAAGGGUGAGAAUAAUGACAAAGCCGUGUUGACGCAUCUGCAGCACGUAAAGCCAAGGACAAUGCUUAAGGUCUGUGAUCGAUUGCUGACGAUGGAUGAACGCAUGCAUAGACGUUUGAAUUUCGGUUUUGGACCCUGUGUGGAGCCAUACAAAACGGACCACACGGUUAUACCGACGGAACCGUUGGAAAUGCUUCGCAGCAAUUGGGGCAAUAGCAUUCCAUUGCUCAUUGGCGGCAAUUCAUUUGAAGGUCUUUUAAUGUUCCCCGAAGCCAGAAAAUAUCCUGAGCUGCUGAAUAAUUUGGGAGACGGCGAGUGUCUGCCACCACUCGAUGCCAAUUUGAGUCCAGAGAAACGUUUGGAAUAUGGUCGCAUGCUGAAGCAAUUGUAUUUCGGGGAUAAGGAACCCUCCUGGGAUACCAUUCUGCAGUACAGUGAUCUCUUCUCCUAUAAAUACUUCUGGCACGGCAUACAUCGCACCCUGUUGGCACGUCGACAAUAUGCCACGGCCCCCACCUAUCUGUAUCGUUUCGAUUUCGACUCGAAACAUUUCAAUUUCAUGCGCAUCAUCACGUGUGGCCGUAAGGUACGUGGCACCUGCCACGCCGAUGAUUUAUCGUAUCUCUUCUACAAUGCGGGCGCCAAAAAACUCAAAUGUCGCACCGCCGAGUACACCACCAUACGACGAAUGGUGGCAAUAUUGGCGAAAUUUGCCGAAUGUGGUGACCCCAAUAUACCGCUGACGGAAACGGCCAUCAACUGGACCACACUCAACGAUGACGUUGCCAGUGACAGUGGUAGUGGCAGUCCCACCAAUGGUGUGUCCAGCGAGAGUGACAGCAGCCAACGACAUGAACCACCGGCCAGUGAUGUCGUCAACACAACGGCCAUUGACGAGAAUGAGGGUACACGUUGUGUCAAUAAUGAGGACAGUACAAAUGUUCUUGAGAUCCAGCAGCAACAACACGAUGACCUGGCACACACACUUCCAACCCACUGGCCAACCAUAACGGAGUCGUGUAACACCAGUGACGGGGACAACAGUCCAACAUUCAAAUGUUUGAAUAUUUCCGAUGAGCUGGAAGUGAUUGAUUUGCCCGAAGGUGAAAAAUUGAAAAUCUGGGAUAGCAUGUACGAGGAUAAGUCGCUAUUGUAUUAGACCGGAUGGGUAGAUGGAUGGAUGGUUAGAGUGAUACCAGAUACAUUUACACAAGCAUAGCCAUAGAAUUGUUAUUAUUAAGUGUUUGUUAUUGGAGAGUGUGUGUAGAAGUCGAUUUUUGGAAUUGACAAGGACCAAAAGGUACUCUCAUUUGAAUUUAUCUGCCAGAGGCAUUGUAUAUAUCCGUUUUGAUUUUUUUCUUAUUUUUAUUUAAAAUUUAUUUUGAAGCAAACAUGAUUCCCUGCAAAUAGCUUUAUCAAAAAAAUAAAA